AUGGCAACGCGACUCUUGCCGUCACCGUCGCCGUUGGUGCGACGGCAGCGAGCCAAUCCCGCCGCCGCGCUCUUCGCCCGGUGCGGAGCUUUGGUGGCCACUGCUCGCUCUUACUUUUGGCCCUUCAAUGAAGACUUUGUGCCGAGAGGGGCGGCAACAAGUGGCUUUCAGUCGAGCGCCUCCCCGAACAUGCGGCAGCGGGUACUGCAGGAGUACGCGCUGAGUCCUCUCUUCGGGGCGCGCGUGCCGUGCUGUACGCUGGGAAGCAUGCGGUCCGCGCGGGAGAUGGUUGGGGUGAAGAAGGAGGUUGCCCUGCUGUUGUGCGAGCUUGCACGACUGCGGGCGGGCGCCGUCAGCCUCGGCCCGCUGGUGCAGACGACGGAGAUGAUGCUCUUUAAGCCCGACACUCCGUUGAGUCCGCGCCUCGGAGACGAUCGAAGCCGCAGGAUGCACACGUACGCUCGGAAGCCCAUCGCGGCGCGAACACUGAUGGAUGUGUUUUUGCCGGAGGAAAUUGCGCUGGACGAGGUGGUGGCGAUUGGGCGCCUCGUGCAGGAGAAGCUGCUGCUCGCGCGGCGUGACGCAGACGGCGGUGACGCUGAGAGAGGCGGCGGUGCUGGUUGUGGUGUCGCCGGUGGAAUGCAAGAGGCCCAGGUGCUUGUGGGCCGCAUGGGCAUUGUCUACUGCGAGCUCCCACCGCUCGACGAGGGCGGGUUUAUGUUCGAUGCGGUGGGCGGGGUCAGCCUCGACGCAGAUGAGGCGGAGCGUGUGGUGCAGCGGUGGCACGAGCGGGGCGAGUCGCAGGCACGCCAGUCUCCCCCCACGUGA